AUGCUCGCAACAUGCCGCUUGCGCCUUGCGCUCCGCGGCAGUAGUGCGCAAUGGAGACGUUUCAAUUCCUCCUACCCAGUCCAUCGCUUCGCGGAACUCGCCAGCCGCCCGUCGUCGCGCCAUCAGAUCUACCAGUCGCUAUCGACGGACCCUUACGUCAAUCUAUCGAUCGAGCACUUCCUCCUCGAGAAUGCCCCGGCCGAUUCAAGCGUGCUAUUUCUAUACAUUAACCGACCAUGCGUCGUAAUCGGUCGCAACCAGAACCCCUGGCUGGAGACCGAUCUCCGCGCGUUGGACAAUGAUCGCCGGCCGGGCGCUGGUCGGGACGAUGCGGCGGUCUUCGUUCGACGACGGUCUGGCGGCGGAGCGGUCUUUCACGACGAGGGAAACCUCAAUUACAGUGUGAUCUCGCCGCGGACCUCGUUCACCCGUGAUAAGCAUGCAGAGAUGCUGGUUCGCGCACUGCAUCGCGCUGGUGCGGUCAACACCAGUGUCAAUGAACGACACGAUAUUGUGAUAACGCCCGGAGAGGAACUGCGCAAUGAUCCAAAUGAGCCUCCGACUCGGAAAAUAUCUGGCUCAGCAUUCAAGCUCACCCGGCAUCGAGCUCUGCAUCACGGUACUUGCUUGCUAGACUCGCCGAACAUUCACGAUCUGGGCCGCUUCCUGCGCUCCCCGGCGCGUGGUUAUAUUCAGGCAAAGGGUGUUGAAAGCGUGCGGUCGCCUGUUGGAAAUGUCUCGCGUGCAAUGGCCGACUCAUUUUUCUCCAUGCAGGGCGUGGUGGAAAACGUGAUCGAGCAGUUUGUAUGUCUAUACGGGGUCCACUCGGAUGCUCUUCUGCGGGCCCGUCGAGCCCAUGCGCUGGAGCCAGGAAUCUUUGCUGGUGAUACCUGGGUCUCGGGUACUGUGGGCGAGCUCCAGGGAGAGCAGGAAGCAGAUAUCGGGAAGGGUAUCGCUGAACUGCGGUCGCUGGAGUGGAAGUACACCCAGACUCCGCAAUUCACUUUUUCAACCUAUCCCAUUGAGGGAGAUCCUCGCGAGCGGCCACCUUUGCCGUCCUCGCUUCCUGCUUCGACCCGCGCAUUCUUGCGUUUCAAGCACGGCGCUAUCAUCGAGAGUAACAUAUCCGUCUCUGCGGAUGAGGCGGCUGCUUCGGAGCAGGCCACUCGCGUACACGAAGUCAUCAACGGACAGAAGCUGCAUGAAAUCACCGUCGAGCGUUGGGCCGAGAUGUUGCAAGAAGGUCUUGCUGGGACAGAUGGGGUGAAUGAGACUGGCGUGCAAGAUCUAGCCCUGUACCUAGGGGGUCUUCUCGGCGGCCAUUAA